UUACGCGCAUACACGGCGAACACGCAAAGAAAGCCACGUGCAGACGUUCACAGGCAGCAGCAGCAACAGCAGCAGCAUGCUCCCAGACCACGCAUUGCCAGUAUCUCAGACUGGCUGUUUAGCUGAGCUGGGCUUGCUCCCAUGUGACCAUCUCUACAGCAAAUGAGGCAACUUGAUUUCACGGUCCUAAAAAAAAAAACCCAGCAGCCCUUAUAGAAGAAGCCUGCAGCGUGCGUUCCACAGUGAUUCACGCGCAACGGAGAACGGACAGACGGAGGCAGGGAGCCACUGCAGAUAGCAAGGCUGUCUGAAGCUCUCCCUCCUGUUUAAAAGAGCAAAAUAGCCAGCGUUAGAAUUCCAAGCGAGUAUGCCUUUGAUUCACCACUUUUUUUCCAGACGUGCUUUUAAUGUCUCGCAUUGCCCUUUCGGUAGAGAGACUGUUAUUACUUUAAACUGCUGUGGGGCGUUUAAGUGUAUGCAGAUCAGCUUUCUGAGAGCAAGAGAAGCUGCUCGCUUUACCGGCAUAUGUACGGUUAACGCAUUGACUUGAGUGACAGUGAAGGGAUUGGCAGCAGGAUGUGUGAAGGGAAUGCAGACGUGUAACAUCGACAGCUGCGUCUCGAUUUGCCUGGAGACCCGGCUGUCCCCGAGACAGCCAGUCGGAGGCAGCUCACAGCCGGAUUGUGCGACUGAGAGAGGGAGCGUCACUUUCUGGGAAGCAUUAGUGCUAAGUAAUAGGGGCUUAACGAAGAAUGGAUUUUGAGCAUGCAUCCGUAAUAGUUGCUCACGAUGUAAUUUAGGACAACUCGGUCAGUGUUGACGGAUUCACGCGAUCGAUGUUUUACGUCCUACGCCGUCGGCUGCAAAGUACAGAACUGUGUUUAAAGUGUGACGCUCCAGGUGCUUCUUAGCCCUUCCUGGUCUUCUCAGCUCCUUAUCACGCCUGCAGCAUGGCUUGCUACUACCUUGUCAUCAGCUCCCCGCAUCUGAGCAAUGGUCACUUCCGCAACAUCAAGGGGGUGUUCCGUGGACCCCUCUGCAGAGGUGGCAACACAGAGCCGGAGCGGGGUGAGGAGCAAGGGGUCACAAGGACCCUUGAGGACCUAAAGGCCAACUUUUACUGCAAGCUGUGUGACAAGCAGUACUACAAGCACCGCGAGUUCGACAACCACAUUAACUCUUAUGACCACGCACACAAGCAGAGGCUGAAGGAGCUGAAGCAGCGGGAGUUUGCGCGGAAUGUGCUCUCUCGCUCUCGAAGGGAGGAGAGACGGCGGGGACGAGCCCUUCGGCGUGUGCAUUGUCUGGCGGAAAUCAAACAGCUGCGCUGCAUCCCUGGGAGCGACUCUGCCGCCCAGUGCAGACAACCACGUGAGGAGACGGUCCUGCAGGGCGAGUCGCGAGCUGCUGGGGGCACACAAGGGAUCGGCUGCACGGACGAGACGGCAGAAACCCGCGCCCUCGGAGGAAAGGGGGAUUCAGCCACGAAUGAUUCUGCGAGCGGAUCAAAGGGCGCAGUUCAGGGCGUGCGGGUGCCAAAUUCUCCGCUGCUGAGAUCUGUCACGCGCUGCCCCGCGGUCUCUGCACACAGGGUCGGCCUCUCGUUCUCGUUUGCUCGAAAAGUGAACGCUAAACUGGAAUCGUCGGCAGCCGUGUUUAGCGAAGAUACAGAGGAGGUCGUCGGAAAUAGGGGUGUGAGGACGCUUGCAAACAAUGGCAGACUCACAUCAGUGCCUGGGAUGGUGAAAGCGGAUAUUAAAACUGGAAGCAGAUUAAAUAUAACUGAGGAUCACACGUUUGCAGAUUCAGAAAGAAAGAAACAUUCCAUGGAAAAUUACCAAAAAGAAACCGCACACCUGUGUAGAGAGAAGCGUCAAGUCUUGAGCUCUUCAACGGCAGCAAACAUACAGAAUAAAUUGUCUGUUAAGAAUAUUACCAAGACGUCGUCAGAACAAAUUAUCAAAAUAAAGGAACAUUUGACAGACAAAACUAAAGAUAACAUUUUAAGCAGUGGUUCAAAUUCGAUCAAACAAACAGAUGAUUUUAAUAAUGAUCCUGAGGCAAACUCUUCAGCCAGAAACAAAAAUGUGCAUAGAAAACAAGCUCCGACAGAAAGCCAAGCUGGCGUCCCAGGGGAUUUAGACACUGAUAAAGGUUUCCUCAACAAGAACUGCCUUCUGGAAGAAGCGUCGAAAAAAGUACCAGAGAUGUUUUUUCCUGUGACUAAUGCGGAUGAAUCCGCUACCUUGCAGUGGCCAGCAGAACUUGUACAGUUCACUAAGACAGAACCAUCUCUCUCUUUCAGCUGUAAUCCACUUUCCUUCAAGUCUCCUCCUGAACAAAUGAGGUUAAGCCAAGCCUUCGAUUGUCAGCAAUGGCAUCCAUCUGUCAUGACAGACAUCAGUAUUGAAGCACACACUCGACAGGGCAGCAAGGAGUGCCAGCUGACAGGACUCUGCCUUGAAACGACACAUGACCACAGCCUAGAUCCGGAGCCAUACGUUAUACAGGACUCUGAGACAAACGGGACAACGAGCAGCGCCAAAGAUCACCCUUUGUGGCAUGAGGGAGGUAAUUUGAUACAAAAUGGACUUUCAGAUUGUUUUUGGAAAGAAAAGAAUAGUACAAAGCUGAAAAACAAUUUUAAAAGAAAAUUUGAUAGAAAAUGCACAUUCCUGGGGGAGAGCCGAGACAAGGAAUCGGGUUUUGCUAAAGAAUGCUGGGCAUACAAGCACAGAAAUGGGAAUACAAAAUCAAUGGAGCAUUAUGUGAAAUCAAAGGUAAGUAAAACAGAAUCACAGUUGGAAGAAAACACACAGCAGAAAGUUGAAAAUCAAAAUCAAACGGCUAUAGUCUGUAGUUUUCAUUCAAAGGAGUCUACCGACAAUGCUGAGAUUAACUGUAAUAACAGCAUUAUGGAGGUGGAAACUAAAUGCAACGAUUCUGCAUGUAGAUCAGCAUUAGGAUUUGAUGAUGUCAUUUGUCAGAGGCCCAAUGGUAUGAUGCAUCAUUCUGUAUUCUCCAGCUACUCUCUGCAUAAUGACAGCUCUCGCUCAAUGCUGCAAGAAAACUGGAGGAGCAGUUACAAAUCUGUAAGUUACUCGAACUCAUCUGUACGAUGCAGCAAUAAUUUAUACGGAAGGAAACACCACACAUCAAACGGAACCCAUGACGCCAAUGAAUGUUACGGCAGCCAUUUCUGGAGGAGCAAACGUAAUCGGCAUUGUUGCGUCACUGCCAAUAGGACCGAGCAAAAAGGCACGGCCACAGUUGAGAGAUUGAGCUAUGUUUGUAACUCGGGCUGCCAGGAACCCUGCAGCAUCAGCCACACCUGUCAGUGUCCAACGCAAAUACAGCUUGCCUCAAAAGUGAGAAAAAACGGUUUGUGUCAUGAUCAUCUAAAGAACACCGGCAUAAAUAAGAAAAGCUUGUUUAAACAACAUUAUCUUCAUGACAGCAAAUCCCAUUCCCAUUUUGGAGUUUACAAAAUGUCCGAAAGGAAGAGCAUUCAGGUGGAUAGUCCGUACGUGGAAAACGCCAACGUGUCUGUCCACGUGCCACAGAUAAAUUGUGAGAGCCAGGAAAUCAUCGACAAAGAAAGCUGUGAGACAAUUCAGACAAAAAAUGUGCAUUCCCACAAUAAUACAAAUGAAAAUGAGAAAUGUACAAUCUCAAUGCUCAAAUCACAAUUUACAUUAACGGAUGUAUCUCGACAAAAUUGUGGACAGACUCUUUCACAUGGUGAAGACAAUUUGGAUUUCGAUAUGUCCAGAGAAUCGUAUUUGAUCCAACACGUUGCUGGACAAGAAAGGACCACUGGGACUCCACAGGAUGCGAGUAUACUUACAACAAAAGAAUUAAAUCCAGACAUCAUUGUGUCCCAGAGAGGCAGCGUGACCGACGCUAAAGCAACCGUUUCAAACAAGCCUGGUAUAUGCCGGGUAACAAAUACUCUUGAAUUAAGUCCAGCUAAGAAUACCUACGUUGCUGAUGGAACUAACAGGGUUGGAAGUUGCAACCCUUGUUUAGAAAAUGAGCCUGCUCAAAUGGAAACCAUUCAAAAUGCAAUCUCACAUAAUUUGGCAAUGGCAAACAACUCAUUCUCACGCCCCAUAGCCCAAACAAAUAGCAGGGUAGCACUGGAAGCAGAGCAUAGCGUGAAUGCCCAUUUAUAUUCUGCCGACACAAUUUCCUUUACCGUUGAAGAAACAGAAAAAUGUGGACAUUUGCGACAUGAGGCUCAUCUCCACUUUCAGCAACAGUUGUUUCCCAGACUGAACAUCGCUUCAAAUACCCAGCCGCAAUUUCUCAAAGCACCUUGUCACAACCCUGUUUACUACCAGGCGCCCGUGCCCCAAACAAUAGCGGCGUCCUUUUCCAACGUGAAUCAAACCCUCUUGCAACAUCAGGCAUUGAUUUAUACAGCACAGUUUCCGAUCUCUAAUGGGCAUAUACACCAAAUUCAACCCUUCGUUCAUAUGCAGCCUUGGGGACAACUGCACACAAUUCCUCAGCAAAACGUGGCACGCAUUUCUAUUGCACCGGCAGCAAUUUUAUCACCGCACCAAGCCAUUGUGGCAACUCCUGCUUUGCACUUCAUCCCAGCUUCCAACACGCUCAGCCAAGCCAUAUUCAACAUCCAUCCAAUAGGGUCUCUGUGCCCCACGAUACAUGGCCUGACCCAUGACAGCAUUGCCAUGCACCCAUUGUUGCACCCUGCAUUUGUAAGGCAGGAUGUGCAUCAUCAACCACAUUCGUUGCUACAUUUCGGCAUCAAGAGACAAGAGAUGUACAUUAGACUUCCAGCAAUGUAAUUGUAUAUGUUCUUGAGACAAAUUACUCCAGAGUCAUUGUCAAUUGAAGAUAUUUACGCACAAGGUUAACGACCAGGUUUCUCAUGGGCAAAUUGAGUGGCUCGCAGUCAGACGGUUGCAGAUUCAAAUCCUUGUUGGGGAAUGACUCAGCCCAUCAGCUAUCCGAGAUCAUUAAAUAAGUACUGUACCACUUUGUGGAGAAGUCAACAGUAUUAUGUAUGGAUAAUAUCAACCCUGUCAUAGGAAUGGGGAAUUUAGCCUGUAAAUAGGCUCAUUCGAACAUGAAAUAACUUUAACUUUUUAAAUUGACUUAUACAACCUACAUGUUUUUAACGUGAUUUCGCAAUUGUAUUGUUUGAUAUUUUUUUCAUAUUGUACAUAUUUAAAAUGGCUCUGAAGCUUUGAUUGAAGUUUAAAUUUACAUGAAACAAAUGUCGAACUUCAUAUUUCCAUUAAAAGUUGAUACAUAAAUCACAGACCGAUGACAAAUCCCCUCAAUGUGAAAAAAAGCUAAUCAUGUGUUUGGUUAUUCUUCAAGCUUAGGUUUUAGAUGCACCCGGUGGUUUGGAUUUCACUUUAUGAUCAAAUGUACUGCCAUUAUACAAGAUAUGAAGGAAAAAGCACAGAAUAUACCAAUUCAAUCUGUUGUUGAAAAUUUUUAAUUGGUACUUAAUUAUGAAAUAAACUUAAUAUAUUCCCACAAUUUUGGCUUGGAAUCACGCAUUUCCAUAAAAUAAGAAAACCAUGUUCAAAGGUGUGUUCACAUUCCAUCACCCUCAAAUUAACCAGGAGUAUAACAAGGUUGUGAUUUAGAGACUGUGAAUUAUGGAAUAUUUAUAGCAUGGUUUGAAAAUAGUUGACCUUUGCAGUGCCAUUAUCUUUAAUGUAGAAUAUAUGUAUAUAAAAACAUGUGUAGGUAAUUUCACCUGACUGUAUGGGAGACACAUGCUAUGUUUAUGAUAAGGUAUUCCACAUAGUGUGAAUGUUUUGUCAAUCAAUUGUUACUUGCUUCAUGUGUAAAUGGCAGGUUUUGGAAAUUAUUGUGUUCGUAACAAAAUAUUUUAUUUUUAAACCAACUUAUUUGAAAAAAAUCAAGAGUAUUUACAGAUUCUUAAACGAAACAAAGUAUUAAUCUUUUCAACCACCGUUCUGAACUUUAAGCUCAGUUUAAGCAAAUAUUUAAGCCAUCAAAGUAAUGUUUAUUUCAGGCAUGCUUACUGUGCAAUGCUUUUCGAGUGAGACUGUUUAUGUCAAAAAUACACUGUACAUGCCCAAUUAUUUCAAUGACAUUUUAUCAUCUAUUUUGAACCGAUAUAAAAAUGCACACAGUUCUUGUGGAAUUCAUAUUAAGUACAUAAAACAUUUAUUUUCCAGUAUUUAAGCCAUCCUAUACUGUACUCUUGUAAUUCGGCAGUGCCCCGAAAUCUAUGUUGUUCUGUACACCCCCCACUCUCACCAACACACAACUGACCAGUGUGGUGAAGUAUGGUCAAAUAUCCCUCACUGCCUGCACGGCAUGGGGAGACCCUCGUCCAGGAGUGGAUUGACAAACAGUCUGUACAUGUACUCAUACAUUAGUCAUUAAAGCUGCGUGAGUGAACAUAUAAUUGUUGUACUGUACUGUCAUUCAAAAAAGCUUUUCCCCAGUCCAAUCCCAUCCCUACAAUGCCAUAGUUUCUUUUAGACGAGCUGUCUGUAAUUAGUAAUGGGCAUUUGUUUUUUUUUUUGGUUAUUCCAUAAACUGCAGUAUCUUUAUAUUUUGAAGUCUGGGUAUUGAAAGGAGUGUGAACUUUGGUGUUUGUGCUUUUGGCUGCCACGUAAGCCCAGUGAAUAGCUUCAUUGAAAGAGUUAUUUUUUAAUGAAAUAAUAGUACUCUCGUAUUUAUUGUAAACUCGUAAAUUGGUUGUAAAUAACUUAUAUGUGGAAAUUAAUGUCACCAUGGUGUGUUGAGUUACACAUGUUAUUCUCUAAAAUACUGUGGUGUACGUGGAAAAUAAAUGACAACGUACUAUAUAAUAAAUGAUGUUGAUACCUUGAAAGAGAAAACGUCAACCAAAUUAAAUCAAGUUAUUACAUGAUAGUAUAUAUUCUUGGGUCUUUCGGUAAAGUCACGUAGAUAGGUUCAAAGCAAAAAAAAUAUUUAAACCGAUCUACCUGACAUUACCGAAAGACCCAAGAAUAUGAAUUCCUGCAGUCACGACAGCUUUAAGUCAAGUACAUACUUAUUUGUUUGAACCAUCAAUUAUCAUUUCAACAUUGUUUAUUGCUUCGUGUACACAACCGAAUUCAACCAUCGCAUUUCUGGACAUUUCUUUACACCUGUGGGUGUUCUUUUCGUUUUAAAAUUAGAUUUACGGAAAAGAUUUUGCAUCAAUGUGUACGCUUCACCAUAUAGGUGUGGGUGCUCUUAAGAUGCUGCCGAACGUUGUAUUGCUGACACCAUCACCUCCAGUUACAUGCCCUCCUGGGUGCCUUCAUUUAAUCACUGCAUCUUCUGGUUUUCCAUCGAUUUUUUGGGGUUUUGCUAGAGUGCUCUUCCAUCACUCAGUUUGUUCAUCAAUUGUCAUUGCAGUGCCCAUGUUGUUCCAGCCCAAGUCAACUUCUUUUUCACGAUAAUAAUGGUUGCAACGCCUCGGAUAACAUUGCUUACACAGUAUGCUGUACAGGAUUAUCAGCAUUUUAUUUUACGUAAGAGGCGUUGCUCCAGCAAAAUUCAUCUAAUUAAACGUGCGUUUUCACGGAUAAUUGGAGUAAAUUUGCAGAUAACAUUGCGGAUAAUGGGACUUGCGAUAUCCCCCUACCUGCGGCCCUCCACAUCGCCACGGAUAAGAUGAGUUCUAAGCUACUCCCUGGUGACACAUACUGAACAGUCAGCAUAUACUGUUCAUAUCCACCUUGUGGGUAACAUAACAACAAAAAGAUAAGGGCAUUUUCACAUCUUUAGAAACUGAAUUAGCACUGAAAAUUGGAAUAGAAAAUAAAACGCAUGCCCAAUCUUGUACAUUGAUUGCUGUUAAGACAGAGUUUCUGAUAAAGAUAAUGAUCGUGCUGAUAUGUGUUAGAUGUGGCAAGCGUGCGAUAAAUUAUUACAGAGCUUGCUUGCGCUGUCAGCCUCACGCCUGCAGCCAUGCAGUGACUUGAGCUUGUUACAUAUGCAUCAGCUGAGAGAGGCUAGUAUGUUACCAUCACUGCACAUGUCAUAAACGUUGUUCUCUUGCAUGUUUGAUGUAAUAUUUGAUCUCUUAAUGCAGCAAACAGGAUGAGUAAUUGCAGAGGCUGAUGUCAACGUUGUAACAACUAGUGUCAAUGUAUCCGUGAAAGCUUAAUGGAUUUGGCUGUAUUCGGUGCGAGCUGCAGUUCCCUUUCUACCGUGGCUCGAUCUUGGGGAAGGACAAGAGCCCGUUUCUGUCUUUACAGAGCACAAUGUAGGUGGUCACUAAUGGUGCCAUACAUCACAAAGUUGCCAUGCAUUAUAUUUUUAUUGAUUAAACCUACGAGAGUUCAUUGCAGUGUUUGAUUUAUUAUUGUAUUAAUGUGUGGAUAUGAUGGCAAAUUUGUACCUCUGAUGUAUGUUAUAAUAACAUAACGUAAAGUGAUUUUUCACUGGUGUGUUCUCACGUGGGUGUUUUUUUUUUGUUGACUGGAAUAAAUACAAUUAAAUGUGUUGUUGUAGUACACGUUGCUGUACUUUGUAAAAAAAAUAUAUAUACACCAAGAUAUGUAUACUGUAUAUUAAUUUUUGCUGUACAAUAAAAUGUAAACGUCUUGGAUCAAAUUCA